CAUAUGAAGAUGUGAAAGGGUGCAUGUGCAGUCACUUUCAGUUUUAGUCGACCUUAACAACGCAGACAUGAGCAAGGCGUGGGUACAAAACCUGAAACAGGUGAUGAAAAGUCAUACUGGAUCAAAUGUAAUAACUGGCUUUUUAAUGGUGCUGAUUGAGAAACUCGUGGAGAUGGACUUUGCAUGUCCUUGUGAUCCAAAGACGAACCUGGCGUUUUCCUUGGCAUAUUUUUUGGUUCCUGCUCUGUUCUCCAGCACACUCAUGUUUUAUAUUCAUAGCCCGGAGUGCAAAAGCAAGUGUCUGCUCUCCACUAUAACCUGCAUCAUUCCUGCUGGUACUUGGGUCCUGCUGCUGUUCUUCGACGGACAGUACUUCGCCUGUGCACGGACCUCCUGGGAAGGACUGACGGUCCACACGGAUAUAUCUGCUUCAACAACAUGGUGUGAGCCUUUUAUGAAGUAUGGCAACAUCACCGCAAAGCAAAGGGAGUUUUUUGGCUUUCGAAAUAUUUCGCAGGUAGUGGCACUGUCUCUGCUGCUUGUGAUCUCCGGGGUCCUGUUUAUAAUUGGAGGGAUAAGAUGCACCCGAGGAAAAAAAGAACCUAAAGCUGAACGAGUGGAAAUGGAGGAAGCAGGUCAAAGUUCAUCAAGCCCUCCUGAAAGAUCUUCGUUGAUGGAGGGUGCACAAACACAGAGGCUUUGAACAGAGAUUUUGCAAAGCAACCCUUAAUGUCGAGAAAUCUUAUGUUUUAAGGAGGGAAAUAAUGUCUGUAUCUAUCUGUUUCCAAAAUGUCUUGCUGUCAACCACAUCCUGGUUGCUGACUUCUUUUUUUUUUUUUACACUUUUGGCUUGGUACUUUCUUUGAAGUUUGUAGAAAAACACAAGUGCAAAAAACUGCAUCCGCUCGCUGUCAGUUGCUGCUUUGCUUUAAGGUAUGCGUGGAGGUUAUCAAGUGAAAAUAAAAGCAAUGUUGACAGACUUAUUUGACCUGCAAUUAAGCAAAAAGGUUUCCUCGAAGGAUCCUCACUCGCAAAAUGCGUGCGUUGUGUUUUACGUUUGAUUUUUUAAAUUCAUUUUUAAUCAUUUAUUACAGAAUCGUUUUAUAAUCAUUAGUCAUUCACCAGAUUUAUCAUUGGAUCAUUUUUGAAUUAUUUGCUUGCUUUUAUCACUUGAUUAUUUUGAUCAUUCAUAUCGUUAUAUUUUUUAUUUAGUGUUUUUAUUGUUUAUUCAUUUAUCUUGUUUCUAUAUUUUAUAUUUCUUAUCGAUUUUUCCUUGCUCAUGUAUUCUCACUGUUGUUUAAUCUCAUGCUUGUGGGGUUUCAUGAACCGUUGUCUGUAUGAAUAGAUAAAGAUGAAAUGUUUGAAUUUGUGCUGAACAUUGAGACACGCACAUCUACGAGAUUGUUCGAUAAACUCUGUUGCUCUUUGCCAUCA